AAUUUUGGGAUCACAAGUUCAGCCAUCUCACGGCUGAAGGAACAGCUUCCACUUGGAUCUUAAUCACGUGACAGGAGGAAACCUCGAGCCCUCACUGACCUUUUCCGAACCACGGAUUUAUCUGCCCUCGUGUCUGGUGACCUCGAUGUCAGCACACGAUGGUGGUUCUCUGACAAGCGCGUGGUGACCCAUCAUGAAGACCUCAUCCAGACCUCAUCGGUGAUCCUUGAUAUCAUCGUUGAACUUCAAGAAGAAGCAGGAGAGAGGAGGUGGCCUCAGGUUUAAGCUUGUGAGUGCUGCCGAGUGCAGCCACAAAGUGGCCUGGCCGUGGCUUCGUUCCCAAGGUGCAUCUCGCGUCGUCGAGGCGCCAUGAAGAUGCUGGCGAGAUACGGGCUGGCGGCAGCGGCCGUUGUGCUGCUGCUGCUGUGCCUCCGCGUGCUGCUGCAGCUACCACCGCUCGACGACGGGACCGUGGGACGAGCACGCGGCGACCGCCGCCGGCAUGGGGUCAGGAGGGUCAGGGGGGUCAGAGAGAUGUGGAGCGGAGGCACGACGGGGUGAUGCGGAACAACCCGCUGUUGACAGGGGAGAUGGGGCGCGGGGUCGUGCUGGCCCCGGAGGAGAAGGCGCGGGGGACGCGGCGCUGAGGAAGUACAAUGUUAAUGUGUUGGCCAGUGAUCUCAUCUCACUCAACAGACAGGUUCCGGACUCAAGACCUAAAGGAUGCGAGAACCUGCACUACCCCAUCGACCUGCCCACCACAGCCGUCGUGAUCCCCUUCCACAAUGAGUGGCCCUCCGUGCUCCUCCGCACCGUGCACAGCAUCAUCUCACGAACUCCGCCCUCGCUGCUGAAACAGAUCAUCCUCGUCGACGACGCCAGCGACCUCGCUGCCCUCAAGGAAGAUCUGGACCUGUAUCUUCAGCAGCACUUCCCAGAGAACUUGGUGAAAGUGGUUCGCCUCCCUCAGCGGGCCGGUCUGAUCAGAGCGAGGCUGGAGGGCUUUCGUCACGUGACCACGGAGGUCGUGUCCUUCUUCGACAGUCACAUGGAGGUCAACGUGGACUGGUUGCAACCGCUGCUGGUGGAGAUCAAGCGGGACCGGAGGACCGUGGCGAUGGGACACCUCGACUACAUCCAGCCCGACACCUUCCAGUACUCCUACGUACCCGAGUACCACACCCGCUACGGCUUCGACUGGCGCCUCGUGUUUUUCGAGACCUACUUCCUGAAGUCACAGGAGAGGGGCAAGACCGUCUCCGACCCACUUCCGGGUGUGGUCAUGGUGGGUCCGGCCUUUGCCAUCAACUCGGACUACUUUCGCGAGAUCGGGACCUACGACAGUGGCAUGAAGAUCUGGGGUGGAGAGAACUUGGAGCUGGCCUGGCGGGUUUGGUUGUGUGGUGGUCGCCUGGUGCACCUGCCGUGCUCCAAGAUAGGUCACAUCGCCCGCCCGCAGCCCUACACCUUCCCGGAAGGCAGGUACGAGACAGAGAUUCACAACUACAAGCGAGCUGUAGAGGUCUGGAUGGGGCCUUAUAAGCGCUUUGUCUACGAGCACCACCCGAGGAUGAAAGAGCUCGAUGUCGGCGACCUCACUGAGCGCCUCCUGCUGAAGAAGAAUCUUGGCUGCAGAAACUUUUCGUGGUUCUUGAAGAACGUGUGGCCAGAGCUGUACCCGUACAACGACAACGCCACUCACUGGGGUGGGGUGACCCAUCUGAGUGAAACUUUGUGCCUGGACAACGGCGAGUUUCUCUUCGUCGGACCAGAACCGUUGCGGACCAAACGCUGUAACUUUAACUCCUUUUCUCAGGGUUUCUCACUAACGACCGACCGCCGCUUAAGGACCACCCUUCAAUGUGUAGGCGUGCAGGAGGAAGGUGAGGACAUGGUUCCCGUCCUCAUCACCUGUAACGACGGCGCCGUCCACACCUGGAUGUACACACCUAGUAAACAGCUCAAACACGACCAGACCGGCUUGUGCUUACAGCUGAUGCAGGGGCCCAAACUGGUGAUGCAGGUCUGCAGGAAUGGAGAGGACUCCCAGGUGUGGGAGUUCCGAGAGCAGGGCGACCCUACCAGCAUAGCUGACCUGGAGGUCGAUCAGGCCCAGCGCCAUAGGGAGCGAGGCGCCAGCAUGGAAACCAAGUCCCCCGUGCAGAUGCUGUACGAGUUGGAGCAGCAGAUGAGGAACAUGAGCCUGAACUUGCACCAGCCCAUCCUUAAGGACUUUACAGCGCUCGCUGCAGGCCAAGUCAGACAAAACUUUGGCACUCCCGAAGGUGAGGGUCAGAAGAUCCACGCGGCACCAGGCAACAGGCAACAUCCAGAGAUCCCAGGGGCUGUGGGCCAUGAUAAGCCAAUAUCGAGAGAUCUCAUUUUCACCCCGAGAAGGCCACGACUGGGAGAGGGGGUUGCCACAUCAGCAUCUGCGACAGGGCGAAUCGCUUCGAGUAAAAGAAGACAAAGUCAUGCGUUGGACUGGAAGCGAGUGGACAAGGUCUGGAGGUAGCCGGUCGAAGAAGGGAGGGGCAGGGAGCAUGGUCCUGUGGACAGACCGCGGCAGCAAACACCACAGCAUGCACACCAGGUCCACGACCAGCGGCAGCCUGAUCAUCGAGUUUGGAAGCCACGUUCAGCGAGAUUUGGCGAUGACAUUGUCGAGCAGGAUGUUAGAUAAUUCUUUGUGACAUCGAAGAAGUCUGCAGCCACCAUUUUGUUUGGGUCUUGUUAAUUCUUCUCUGAACAUUUCUGUCUUAAAACAUAUUUAAACAGAUUUGAAAAUAUUGACAUUUAAAUUUGGACUACUGUGUUCCCUUGUAAUGCAUAUUUCAAAACU